GUUCCCGUGCAUUUUAAGUCAGGGUGUCUGCCUUGCCACAUCAACUUUUUCCUCGUCGUGCUGCAGCAGAGUUUGCUUGACUCCACUCCGUAUUUGGGAGGACUGGUGUACGGGGAGUCCAGCUAGCGUGAUUUUCACCGUGCUGUCACGCGCACGGGGGGAACUGUGUUUUUAUUGAAAUUAAUAUAGUGUUCUUCGUCGUCAGACAACUGUUUUCAUCCCCUCCCCCUCUCCUUUUGGGACUGAGCAAAACCUCCAAAGGGUAUUCAGAGAGUGAAGGUAUAAUCAAUCACAGGGCUUGCUACAGCUGAGGAAGUGGAAAGACUGGCUGCAAUGCGUUCAGAUUCUCUCGUACCUGGAACUCACACACCUCCGAUCAGAAGAAGAAGCAAAUUUGCCACUCUUGGAAGGAUUUUUAAGCCAUGGAAAUGGAGGAAGAAGAAGAGUGAAAAGUUUAAGCACACUUCUGCAGCUUUGGAAAGAAAGAUAUCAAUGAGGCAAAGCAGAGAGGAGCUUAUAAAACGAGGAGUGCUGAAGGAAAUCUUUGAUAAAGAUGGGGAACUUUCCAUACCAAAUGAAGAAGGAGCUUUGGAGAAUGGGCAGCCUCUGGGCUCCGGGCAAGUGCUGAGCUCCAGCCAGGUAUCCCUGCCAGCCCUAGCAGAACUGGAGUCAGGUUCAGCAUCUGGGGAACCCUGCUCAUAUGAGGUGCUCCCAACCACAGAGAUCAUGGAUGGGGCAGUGUCUGAAGAGAGCCCCACAUCCAAUGAGCCUGGCGUCCUCCUGUCCCAAGAUCCUACAGCUAAACCAGUCCUGCUACUUCCCCCCAAAAAAUCUGCUGCUUUCCCUGGAGACCAUGAGGACACCCCAGUGAAACAGUUGUCCCUCCUCAAACAGCCCCCUGCCCUGCCUCCUAAACCUAUUGCCAGGAUUGCCAGCCACUUAACUGAUCCUGGCGCUCCUGUGAAACUGCCUUGUAUGCCAGUUAAACUGUCACCUCCACUACCUCCAAAGAAAGUCAUGAUUUGCAUGCCUUUAGGGGGGCCAGACCUCUCUCUCUCAUCCUAUUCCACACAGAAGAGCUCCCAGCAGCCUUUGACUCAGCACCAUCACACUGUCCUGCCAUCCCAGUUAGCAGCUCACCAGCACCAGCUCCAGUACGGCAGCCACAGCCAGCACCUGCCUUCUGGGUCCAGCACAUUACCCCUUCACCCUUCGGGGUGCCGGAUGAUAGAGGAAUUGAACAAAACGCUAGCCAUGACCAUGCAAAGGCUAGAAAGUUCUGGUUUACAUGCAGGUGACAGUGUUACAAAAACAGGACCUGGAGGCCUUCCAGACAUGAGACAAGUGCCAACUGUUGUGAUCGAAUGCGAUGACAAUAAAGAAAAUGUGCCUCAUGAACCUGACUAUGAAGAUUCUUCCUGCCUUUACACAAGACAGGAAGUGGAAGAGGAGGAAGAUGAUGAUGAGGAUAGCUCAUUAUUUACAAGUUCCCUGGCAAUGAAAGUCUGCAGGAAGGACUCUUUAGCAAUCAAACUGAGCAACAGGCCGUCCAAACGAGAGCUAGAGGAAAAGAACAUCCUCCCCAUGCAGACUGAUGAAGAGAGACUCGAACUCAGGCAGCAGAUUGGGACAAAGUUAACAAGACGACUGAGCCAGAGGCCGACUGCUGAGGAAUUGGAGCAGAGGAACAUUCUGAAACCUCGGAAUGAGCAAGAGGAGCAGGAGGAAAAACGAGAGAUAAAAAGAAGAUUAACGCGUAAGCUGAGUCAAAGGCCCACAGUAGAAGAGCUACGUGAGAGGAAGAUCCUCAUCCGCUUCAGUGACUACGUGGAAGUGGCAGACGCGCAGGACUACGACAGGAGGGCUGACAAACCCUGGACACGACUCACAGCCGCUGACAAGGCAGCCAUUCGAAAAGAGCUUAAUGAAUUUAAAAGCACUGAAAUGGAAGUUCAUGAAUUAAGUAGGCAUCUAACAAGGUUUCAUAGACCGUAGCAGUUCAACUCUAUCUGACUACUAUGCCGUCUUCAAAACAUAACUAAAAGGAACCAUAAGUGCUGGUAUUAUUCACUUCCCUGUUACGUACAAUGUAAAUCUUCCGAACUGCCUUUUUAAAAAAGAGUAAAAAUUAAAUAUUUAAAAAAAAAAAAAAGUAUUUACAUGUGAUGGGUACUGCAGCAUCAUCAGACCUGCUGGUUCAAGCUUCAAUAACAGAAAAUACCCCUGGUGGGAAUUAUGCCAAGACUUGGCAUCUAUAUAUAAGACGUUCCUGGCAUGUGGAUUUGCCAUACAUGUUCAAGCCCAGCUGGUGGUGCAUCCAUUUCGUCUUCAGGCACCCCUCAUCCUGACAAGCCUCUGUCAUCAACUCUAGAGAGCCCUGAGAUGGUGUUCAGGGUAUCACUGGCCUGAGUGAAGUCUCCGAUGGCCCUGCAGCUAUGGCGCUAAGCACUUACACCAAACCCUCCUUUCAAUCUGCGAGCACCUUAUGAGGACGGUGGAGGAGCAGAACUACCCGGCGGACCAGCCCAUCUGUGAACAUCGUCUGACUAGAAAGGCAUUUGCCUUCCCUGGAGAAGUUCGUGGCCAGUUGAUAGGCCCUGUUUGGCUUCAAAGAAGUAAAAGGCAUCACCCUAAAAGAACAGGACUCCUUACUCAAGGCUGGUUCAGUUCUAGCAACUGUUUAUUUUUCAUCUCUUUCAAAUGUAAUUUUCUAACUCCAGUUAUGAACCCAUCAGCAGUAAGUGACAGGAAUGAUGACAACAAGCAAAACCAUCUCUUCAUGGUCACUGCAUGGCAUUCACUCAGCUCGUAGUCUAUUUUACACCCAAGCCUUGUGACUGUAUGAGGGCCAGCACGCAUCCCGCAGUUAGACAAGCUUGGAUUCCCACCUGCUUUGCAGAGCGGAACCUGACAUGAGGACCUGGGGGCUCGAUUAGGGAUAUGCAUCCCCUCUGUGUCAGGUGUGUAAAGAACUGAUCCUAAACUCACACUGAGGAAAAAAAUGCUUUUUCUCAAGUCCAGCAUGGCAGAUUGAGUUUUCUGGCCUAACAAAAGGAGUCUGUUGCAUUGUUAUGGAUGGUGAGACUUAACAUUGGUAUCGACAGCUGAGGCUUAAGGACAGAAAUCCAGGGGUGGUCUGUUUUGGUUUUAAUUUAUUUUUAUUACAAUGAUUUAACACACAAACUGACCAAGUAGGGCUCAGAGAGCUGGUCGCUCUGGGCCUAAUUUACCUGCCAACUUAAGCGCGUGCUUAACACUAAGUAAGCAUGCAAAUAGUCUCACUGAAUU